AGUACACAUUUAAUAGACGACACAAUUAAAAACAGGGGAAUUAGUAAAAACCAAGAUGGCCGGUACCAACUCGAGUAUAUCCAGUGAUAAUCCAACAAAGAAAGAGGACGAAUUCAAUGAGUUUUACACGGAAGUAAAGGAAAUAGAGAAAAGGGAUUCUGUGUUGACUCCCAAACAGCAGAUUGACAGAUUACUUCGGCCUGGCUCAUCGUAUUUUAACUUAAACCCUUUUGAAGUUUUGCAAAUUGAUCCAUUAACCUCCGUAGAUGAAAUCAAGAAGAAGUAUCGACGUAUGUCAAUCCUUGUUCACCCUGACAAGAAUCAAGAUGAUGCUGAACGGGCUCAACAGGCAUUCGAAAUUGUUAAUAAGGCAUGGAAGACACUGGAAAAUGAAGAGACUAGAGCAAAAUGUAUGGAUGUCAUUGAAGAAGCAAAAGCUCGUACAAAUCAUAUGAUUACAGAGAAAAAAAAGAAACUGAAGAAGGAAGGAAAAGCUGAUGGUGCAACUAUGCUUGAAGAGGAAACUGAAGAAGGUUACAGGCAUGCUGUUUGGGUAAUGACAAUGAAACUCUUUGCUGAUAUGGAACGAAGAAGAAGAGAAUUAGCCACUAGAGACGCAGAGCAACGAAAAAGAAAACGAGAGGAAGAAUUAUCAGCUGAAGCACAAGCUGCGUUAGAGCGUGAGUGGCAAAAGAAUUUCGAGGAAUCACGACAGUCAAGAGUCGAUAGUUGGAAAGCUUUUCAGUCAGGCUCUAGUGCUACAAAACAGAAGAAAGCGAAGAAACUGAAAGCGUUUAGGCCUCCAAAAACGAAAGCGGAGUCGCGAUAAUUCUACAGUUCUUGUUCCUGAUA